UCGCUUGUCAAUGAUCUGAGAAGAGAAAUUGGACUCGAACUCGAUUACGAUGAUGUACAUGGAGGACUUAAACGUGUUGUGCCAGUUGCUCAAUCCGUGAACGAUGUGUCAUCUGGCAAACCUAAGAAGCAAAGAAGCAAUGCAACAACAUCAGUCUCGACCACAACUAGAAAGUACGAUUCUUUGAAACUGGAUGGAGGAGAGGAUGAAAGCGAUUACGACUACUAUGAUACGGAAGACGAGAUUCAGGCCAUUAUUAACAGGCUUCGGCGUGAGCGAAUGAAGUUCGCAACCGAAGAGGCUUCAGGUGAAGCGCCACAGCUGGCAGGUGUUCGACGCGACCUCUCAAGACUACUUUUGCGUUUAAGACGUUCGUUGGCAUGA